AUGCUGCUGCUGCUGCUGCUGCUGCUGCUGCUGCCUUCCAGUCACUUGCCGGUCGACCCCGUUCCCCGCAAGUGUCCCUCUCUGUCCGCACCCCAUGGCCAUCUCGGCGCCCUACGAGGCCGCGCCUCCGUCUCCAGCGCUCGCUGCGCGCACCAACCCGCUGAGCUCGGCGUCGCUGCCGUCGCAGCUCCUGGUGCUGUGGUUCCAGCCGCUCGUGUCCCUCGGCGCCCGCCGGCCGCUAGCGUCUCCGACCUGUGGCCUGUGUGCGCGUCCGACUCGGUGCGCGCGCUGCAGCGCCGCCUCUCGGCGUUCUACGAGCCCGCGAAUCCUCCGCCGCUGGCCGGGACCUUCCUCCGAGUCUUCCGCCGCCCGCUGCUGCUGGUGUUCGCCAACUACGGCGUCUACAUCGCCGCCAUGGCGCUGCAGUCGUACGUGGCGCAGGCCCUCCUGGACCACCUCCACGGCCGCCCCAACGUCUUCCGCGUGUCCAGCGGCUAUGCGCUUGUGGCGCUCAUGGCCGCCGUCUCGGUGGUCGCCAUCACGUGCCGCAACUUCGCCUUCUUCCUGUCGUCGAGAGCGGGCUCCAACAUGCGCUCGCUCGUAAUGAGCUGCAUCUUCCACAAGAUGCUGCGGCUCUCCAGCGCGGCCAGGCAGCAGUACACGACGGGGGAGGUGCUCACGCUCAUGAGCGUCGACGCUGAGCGCGUCUUCAGUGCCAUGAUGCAGGGGCCCUGGCUGCUAGUGGCUCCGCUGGGAUUCGUUGUCUGCCUCGCGCUCAUCAACGUGCUGUUCGACGCCGCGUCGGCGCUCUGUGGCCUCGCAGUGCUCGUUGUCGUCCUCACUCUCUCUGUCCGACAGGCCAAGCGGAUCUCCGCCAUCCAGCGCCAACUGCUCCCCGUCGUGGACGAGCGCGUCAAGGUCACGUCCGAGGCGCUGCAGGGAGUGCGCGUCAUGAAGCUCUACGCCUGGGAGCGGUGCGUCGCCAAGCGCGUCCAGAAGAUCCGCGCGACCGAGGUCAGUCUCUUUCGCAAACUCCAUGCUUGCAUGGUCUCGAGCUCUGUAUUGCUUUUCCUCACCCCCGUGUUCCUUUCAGGCUCGACGAUGGGCCUCUACGUGCUGCUGCACAGCGCCAUUUCCGUGACCGACGCGUUCACGCUCGUGGCGCUUGUCAACAUCUGCCGCGCCGUCGUCAACGAGUUCACCACCGCACUGACCGCGCUCUCGCAGGCGCGCAGCAGCUUCCGCCGCAUCGACAAGUUUCUGGCGAGCGACGAGUUCAAGGCGCCCGCUACAUGUUACCAGUCACUGGGGGACGUAGGGUGCAUUAGCCUGCGAAAUGCACGCGCAGAGUGGCCCAUUUCGACACGAGAAAUGGAUGACGACGACGUCAGCAGCUCGGUGGUGUCAUCCCAAGUGCUGUCGCCUGAUUCCAGCAGCACGUUUGCUCUCAAAGGCUUAAGCCUCAACAUUGAACCGGGAUCGCUGGUCAUGGUGGUUGGAGCUGUCGGGUCGGGGAAGAGCAGCUUCCUCAACGCGUUGCUGAGCGAAAUGACGUUGCGCGAGGGUGAGCUUGAAGUGCACGGCGAUAUCUCGUAUGUCUCGCAGGAGCCGUGGAUUCGCAACUGCAGCGUCAAGAGCAACAUAGUGUUCGAGUCUGCGUUCGAUGCCGCGAAGUACGAGAGCGUGCUGAGGGCUUCCCAACUAUCGCUGGAUCUUCAUGCGCUUCCCAAUGGGGACCAGACCGAGAUUGGCGAGCGAGGGAUCAACCUCAGUGGCGGCCAAAAAGCACGAGUCGCUAUUGCUCGAGCGUUUUACCGCUGGCACGACAUCUUGAUCUUGGAUGGCCCACUGAGCGCAGUGGAUGCACACGUGGCCCACGCCAUCUUCGAGGAGAGCAUCGUUGGCCUUGCUGCGAACAAGACACGGCUCCUCGUGCUAAACAGCCAUUACGACUUGCUCGCUCGGGCGGACAAGAUCGUCGAUUUCCAGAUCGUCGGGGACGGAACUUACGACGAAGUGUUGGCCAACUUCCCAGAGCUUCGCUACGAAAACCACCAUCACGGCUCUGAGACUGCAGAACCCAAGCGCGAACCUGAACCGACGGAAGGAGACUCAGCGACAACCAUGGAUAUGACCUCGACACAGGAAGCGACAGUGCUCGGGGAGGCAUCACCCAACGCUGAACGUUUAGUCAGAGAUGAAGACCGCGCGACCGGCACAGUGGGUGGUCGCAUUUACAGAGCAUACUUUGACGAGACGGGUCAUAACGGCAUCUUGGUGCUACUGGUGCUCGUGGUGGUGGUGUACUCUGUGAGUCAAGCCAUGCGCGUGCUCGUGGACUGGUGGCAGGGUUUCUGGGCGUCGAAUAUGACUCAGAGAGGUGUCGACCCGAGUUACUCAGGGACUGCCUUUGGGAUGUGGUACUUGGGCUUUAUCGUCGUGUGCACCGUCGUCACACUCGGCCGAGGCAUUAUCAUGACCGAGGCAUGCGUUCGGAGCGCGAGGAACCUCCAUGACGACCUAACGUGGCGAUGUCUGUCGGUGAGCUUGGUCGUGUCGGCUGUGUCGUCCUACUGGAUCUGUGUUGCCUACCUCCCGCUGCUGCUGGUGUUUGUGUUCACGGGGCGAUACUUCAACAAGACUUCUCGCGAGGUGAAGCGUCUGGAAGGGGUCUCUCGGUCUCCCGUCUACAAUUUGUUCGACGAGACGCUGGCAGGACUGCGGACGAUCCGCGCUUUCAAGAUGCAACAGACAUUCGCGGACCUCAACGAGAAGGUGGUGAACGAGAACACCGCGGCGUACUUUUCCUACUGUGCCGCUGGGAGGUGGCUGGCUGUUCGGCUUGAUUGGCUCUCCGUGGUGGUGAUCCUUGUAGUAUUGCUGUACCUCGUAGCUGCAAAGGGGCAGAUCUCGCCGGUGGUGGCCGGUAUCUCGCUCACGUACUCGCUCAUGCUCACGUCCACGAUGCAGAACACCGUGCGCGCUGUCGACAGCACGGAUAACGCGGUGAUGAGCGUCGAGCGUUUGCUUCACUUCCGGUCGAUCCCCGUCGAAGAGGACAGUCCGGCGUGCGUUCCUAUCGACGACUCUGCGUGGCCUUCUCACGGUGCCAUCAAGUUCGACAAUCUGUGUCUCAAGUACCGACCCGAACUACCGCUCGUGCUUCGUGGUGUGAGCAUGAGCGUUGCUGCUGGGGAGAAGGUCGGCAUCUGCGGACGCGCGGGGGCUGGCAAGAGCUCGCUGAUGAUCGCUCUGUUCCGCAUCUGCGAGUUCCACAGCGGCAGUGUGACGAUCGACGGUGUUGAUAUCCAACAGGUGCGGCUUGCCGACCUCCGUCGCAGCCUGGCCAUCAUCCCGCAGGCCCCUGUGCUCUUCAGUGGCUCCAUCCGAGAGAACCUGGACCCGCUCGGGGUGUAUUCGGACGCCGACAUGUGGGCGGUUCUACAACAAGUGCAUCUCGCGGAUACCGUGACCAAGUGGGGUGCAGGACUCGACUUUGAGGUGUCUGAGGCUGGCGACAAUUUAUCGGUCGGCCAGCGGCAGUUGCUGUGCAUCGGACGCGCCCUUCUGAAGAACAGCAAGAUUGUGGUGCUGGACCAGGCCACAGCCAGCGUCGACUCGGCCACAGACGAGUUGAUUCAGACGACCAUCAAGCAGACAUUCGCGGAGCAAACCGUCUUGAUCAUCGCGCACCGCAUCAACACCAUCCUGCAUUGCGACAAAAUUGCUGUCAUGGACGCGGGGCGUGAAGCCGAGUUCGCGCCACCAUCAGAGCUCUUAGCGCGACCGAGCUCUGCAUUUGCGGCACUGAUGAAGCGAACGGCCUCCACGCUGGUCGCGUAA